AUGUACUUACGCUUCGCCAUAUUCACUUUCGCGGGACUGGCCCUAUCGCUCGUGCUCGAAGAGAGGGCCCCGGUCUGUGUGACGGCGGGGAGGAGCUGUAACGACACUUACGACGAACUUACCGCGUUCUCUCUGCAGCCAGCCCUCUCACCGCUCGUUGACUACUGCGGUGGUAGAUAUAGGGGCUUCGGCAUCGUGGAUACCACCGUCUUGAGUGAACCUCUGGGCUUACUGGCGAGACUUGCAAGUCUCAUUCCAGGACUGAGCUAUGUGAUAGCCCAAGUCACACUCCGCAACCUACCGGCUCUCGGCCAACUAGCCAGUCUCGGACUGAAUGGUCUCAAGCCUCAAAGCGGCGACAACUACAUCGGCGCCGCAACACAAGAGACUCUCACACAGUUCGGGGUUGUCACGCUCAACCCAUAUGCGACCAUCGAGCCUGGCCCGGAAUAUAAGACUAUCGAUCUCAAGUCUGCGUACAUUGGGUGUUUGACCAACCUCGAUAAUCCACUCGUCAUCGUCGGUCAAGGCUGCGUGAUCUCAGCGAUUGCUCAGUAUGCGAAUGGAACCAAGAGCUCGCCGGCCACCUUUACGUUCACACCGAAGAUGUUAUUAAAGAAUCCCAUGCAGCAGAUCACGUUCGACGAGAGGGUUUUCACGGGCGUGGUCAAGAUUGUAUUUGGCAUCGCUUCUGCUACGUUGCCACCGGUGCUUUCGAUAUUCAACGUUGACAAUAUGGUCUAUUGUGCGCAUAAGUGA